ACACCGAAAAAAAAGGCUGCAGACGGCCAAAAAAAAAAAAAAGCUUGAUUCUUCUCCCAUCCAGAACCCCUUUCUCAAUUUUUUCCUCCGAUCAAUAGCUUCCACCUACAUCACCGGUCAUCACCUGAUUCUUCUCCCAUCCAGAACCCCCUUUCUCCAUUUUCUCCGAUCGUGGGAUCCCUCCUUCAGAUCUGGAUCUGCCUUUCUCCAAAAUUUCUGCCUUGGGUGUUUUUGUUUCAUAUUCUGCAAUUUCCUGAUGUUUGGUGCUUAAACUUGUAUGAAUUUGCUAAAAGUGAAUGAUAUUCAGGGAUUCGUUGCUUGCUACUCAGUGUUUACUACUACAGCCACCGGUACGUAGCUUGCCCCAAAUUGCUUUCUUAAGAAUAUGUUCCUGUACUAGUCUCUAGUUUCUUUACAUCUAUGUUGAUACAGAUGGUUUCUGCCUUGUGUUUCUUCUAGUUUCAUAUGCAAUUUCUUGAUUCAUCACACCCUAGAUCAGAGACCAAAUUUGUGUUUGGAUUUUUGGAAGCCUCUUCUUCUUCUUCAAUCUCCAUGAAAGUAAAAUCGAGAUUUGAAACGAUUUUACCAUAAAAUUGCAAUUUUACG